AGAAAGAAAGAAAUGAAGUGAAAUGCGAGGGCUUAUUAGUUAGUUAGCUGGCUGUACUUCAAUUCAAUCUCCACACACGUCUCCAUUUAAAUCUCCCUCUUGCGAACCAUUUGGAUCUUCCUCUUCAUCCACCACCACACUUUCUUUCCCUCCCCGCACUGUACUUUCAUGGCUGCCUUGCCCAUUUCUAUUGUAAAGCUCAGAUCUUGAGUUGUUUCAGAGCUCUUCUGGAGGGAAAGGGGAUAUGGGUUCUCAGAUUUUGGUUGUUCUGUUCUGUGUUCUAAGCUGCAGCUUUGUUUCAGUGUACUCGCAAGGCGGGAAUAAUAAGAAUAAUGACACUGCUAGUGUUCAAGGGACUGUGGUGGUGGAUGGGGACACCACCAUUGGAAGAACUGAUGAAGAUUUCAUUUGUGCCACUUUGGAUUGGUGGCCUCCUGAGAAAUGCGACUAUGGGACUUGCGCUUGGGGCCAUGCUUCCCUUAUCAACCUCGAUCUCAGUAACCAAAUUCUGUUGAAGGCAAUACAAGCCUUUUCACCAUUGAAGAUCAGGUUGGGAGGGACGUUACAGGACAAGGUCAUAUACGACACACCAGACAACCACCAGCCUUGUGUUCAAUUCGUCAAGAACACAAGUGAGCUUUUCACUUUCACUCAAGGCUGUUUGCCCAUGUACAGAUGGGAUGAAUUGAAUGCCUUCUUCAGCAAAUCAGGGGCUAAGAUUAUAUUUGGACUGAAUGCUCUAAUGGGAAGGACCAUUCAGCGUGAUGGUUCUGCAGCUGGAGCUUGGAACUACUCAAAUGCUCAAUCUUUUAUCACCUAUACAGUCAGACAUAACUACUCCAUUCAUGGUUGGGAGCUUGGAAAUGAGCUGAGUGGAAGCGGAGUGGGAACCAAAGUUGCAGCAGAUCAGUAUGCUUCUGAUACGAUCUCCCUGCAUGACAUUGUGGAGAAUAUUUACAGUGGGAUUGAACCAAAGCCCUUGGUUCUGGCACCAGGUGGAUUCUAUGACGCCAAUUGGUUCCGAACUUUGAUCACAAAAGCAGGAAAUUCAGUGGACGCCAUCACCCACCACAUUUACAAUCUUGGUCCAGGAGUCGAUCCAAAUCUCGUGGAGAAGAUUCUAGACCCGAGUGUUCUUGACAAUGUGCUUGGAUCGUUUAGAGGUCUGCAGAGCCUCCUCAGGAGCGCUGGCAGCUCAGCGACUGCAUGGGUUGGCGAAUCUGGUGGGGCUUACAACAGUGGCCGCAACCAUGUCUCCAAUGCGUUCGUGUAUAGCUUUUGGUAUCUGGAUCAGCUUGCACUUGCAGCUUCACACGAUACAAAAACAUACUGCAGACAGUCAUUGAUCGGUGGUAAUUACGGCCUGCUCAACACCGCCACAUUUGUGCCCAACCCUGACUAUUACAGUGCUCUUCUUUGGCAUCGGUUGAUGGGACGAAAUGCUUUGUCAACGAGCUUCUCUGGGUCAAACAAGCUACGUGUAUAUGCUCACUGCUCGAAGUAUUCUAAACGGUUUACACUGCUGCUGAUCAACCUGGACAACAGCACAGCAUUUGAAGUCAAUGUAGGUGUCAAUAGAACCUUGACACAGCAGGGACUUAACAACCGCAAGUGGCCCAAGCAUAACAGGUCAUACAGUAUCAUUCGACUUCCUCGUCAUUCGAAGAUUGGAACAAUGAUGAGAGAGGAGUACCAUCUAACAGCAAAAGAUGGGGACUUGCACAGCCAAACAAUGCUACUGAAUGGGAAGAUUUUAAGUGUAGAUUCGAAUGGGGACAUACCUUCCUUCGAGCCUUCCCUUGUAAAUUCUUCGGAGCUGAUAUCAGUAGCUCCUCUUUCGAUUGUGUUUGCUCGUAUUCCAUAUAUUCUUCCUGCUUGCAGGUAG